AUGCCUCUCCCAACCCGCCCCCUGGGCAAGAAUGGCCCGCCAGUCCCCCGCCUCGGCUUCGGCACCAUGGGCCUGAGCGUCUUCUACGGCCCCGCCAAACCAGACGAGGAGCGCCUGGCCCUGCUAGACAAAGCCUACGAGCUUGGCGAGACCUUCUGGGACACUGCCAUGCUCUACGGCGACAGCGAAGAGCUCAUCGGCCGCUGGCUCGCCGCCAACCCCGCCAAACGCGCCGACAUCUUCCUGGCGACGAAGUUCUACUUCCGCAUGGUGGACGGCGAGCGCGUCACGGACACCAGCUACGAGAACACCAAAGAGCGCUGCUACGAGUCCCUGUCCCGUCUGGGGGUCGACAAAAUCGAUCUCUUCUACGCGCACCGGCUUGAUCCGAACACGCCUGUGGAGGAAACCAUGAGAGCGCUCGUUGAAUUGAAGGAGGAGGGGAAGAUUGAGUAUAUUGGGCUUAGCGAGUGCAGUUCCGAGUCCCUCCGCCGCGCGUGCAAGGUGCACCAUGUCGCAGCGGUGCAGGUUGAGUAUAGCCCGUUCUCAUUGGAGAUCGAGUCUGAGCAGAUCGGCCUGCUCAAGACAGCGCGGGAGCUGGGUGUUGCUGUUGUUGCGUACUCCCCGCUGAGCCGGGGCAUACUGUCUGGCUCGAUUCGCUCGCGCGGUGACUUUGGGCCGGAUGAUCUCCGUGCUAUUCUGCCACGAUACAGUGAGGAGAAUUUCGACAAGAACCUUGAGGCUGUUGAUAAGCUGGGUGCGUUGGCGAAGAAGAAAGGGUGCACGAUUACGCAGUUGACGCUUGCGUGGCUCCUCGCUCAGGGAGACGAUAUCUUUCCGAUUCCUGGUACGACGAGGGUUAGUGCGCUGGAGGAGAAUGUGGGGAGUUUGGGGGUUGAGUUGACAGUGGAGGAGGAGAAGAAGUUCAGGGCUAUCAUUAGUGAGGCUGAAGUUGCUGGAGGGCGAUAUCCGGAUUCGUUUGCUGGGACGUUGUUUGUUGAUACAGUGCUACCGCAGUGA